AUGGGCGACCGAGGCAACGUGUACUACGCGCCUACCGGCGAGACGACUGAGUGGGAGGACAUUUUGGUUAAGAAGGGUAUACUUGCUCCCAAAACAAAAGUUAUCGAGGAGAAAGAGGAGGAAGAAGAAUUUGUGGAUCCUCGUGAGAAUGCAACGUUAGACGAGCUAGAUGAGAUGGAAGACGACUAUGACGAUGACGCUGAGCUGGAGCGUAUUCGCGAGCGCCGCAUACAAGAGAUGAAAGAACAAGCAUCUCGCAACAAAUUUGGUGAGGUGGAGCCAAUCGCCAAGAACGAGUGGACUACAGUAGUGACAGAGGGAAGUAAAGACCACUGGGUGAUUGCGUACCUUUGGGAUGAGGCACUUGAAGAGAGUAAGAUCAUGGACCAUGUUUUGCGAGAAGUAGCCAAGCGGCAUCGAGACGUUAAAUUUGUGAGCAUUCAAGCUCAAGCUUGCAUUGAGAACUGGCCGUCUCGGAACUGCCCGACACUUUUUAUGUAUCACAAAGGGUCUCUUCAAAACCAACUUCUGGGCAUUCACAAGCUCAAUGGACUUGAUAUGAAAGUCGAAGAUCUGGAAGAAUAUUUGGCACAAGCCGAUGUAUUCAAGCCGUGCAACUAA